AUGAGUGUAAUGAGUAUCACGGCGUCCCGUCGGGGUAAACAAGUCGCUUUAAUGAUAAGAAGAGCUGCCGCCGGCCAGUCGCGCGCGCCCGCCCGCCCUACGCACGUGUCUAACCAGUUGAAUAUCGAAGAGGUUGCAUUCAAAACAACAUACAUUCCACUUAUGGAUAAGCCAUGGGCAGAGAGGCGCGGGCACGAGUCGGCAUGGAAGUACAUAUUGAACAACAUAGAAAAAAACAUUGAUAAUAUGGAUUCUACAACUAAAACUGUUGAUGUCCUUGUUCCUGAAGCGAGAAUGGGAGGACGACCAGGCUUGUGGGAAGUGCACGGAAAUGUUUGGAGUGCGGCUUUGGGGGCUGUGAUUGGUGCAGGAAUAGUGCUUCUCAUUGCUGCAUUCGUUCUAAUGUGGCGGAAGCCGAGAACACGUGAACUGCCACUUCUGGCUCCGAUGGAUGUUGGACAUAAUGAAGGAGUAAAGAUUAUAUCUUAG